UUAUUUCGCUUGUAUUUAUGAUGUUCCAAAAUAAUAUAAUAGAACAGAAUAUAAUAACUUAAUUUUUCAUAGAGGAGACGUCAGUUGUGGCUAAUCGGACGAGACAGUAUACACAUGACAAAUACAAACGCUACAAGAUAUACAAGAGUAAUGCCGCUAUGCACGUGCAGAAAUAACAAAGCGGUCUUCUCAACCGUUUCGGUAAAAAGCUGAGGGAUGGGGCUGGAGAAAUGCAACCACUCUCAAAUUCAUAUAUAUAACUAUGGAUGCAAGGACUGACCAUGAUAUCAAAUUUAUAGUUUUGAGGUGGUAUAGUUUUUGUUUUUAUUAAUUUGUUUACAAACAUUGGAGUGAAACAAGCUUAUAUUGAUUGGGUGCGACAGUUGAAUUUGGCUCAUUGGGUCAAACGUUAUAUUCUUCAAGAAUCAAAUGGGCAAAUGUCAUUAAUUCAGAAGUCCAAAAAUGGAUGAAGCAACUGCAGAUUGCCCCUUUAAACACACUAAAAAUACGUACAGUCAUCAGGGUGAAAACUCAGGUCUUUAUCUCGUAAAACCAAGGCAGACACGAGUGGGCUAUCGGCAUCAGCAGCCUGUGGCUUUUUAAUAGAAAUGUAGUUAAUUGUGACUUUUGCCGGAACUAGCACGUCCGACUUGCUGCGAACUGGUUGAACGCUGGUUUCAAUCGCUGAUUGGCGCUUUAAUGUAUAAUUUAUUUUCCCCUCUUGCGUGCGCAGUUAGCCCAACCAGUCGGUAUCAUAGUCGUUUAUGGUAGCCCUUAUAUGUAGUCCAACAACGCCUCCCAGCGGUAACUUCUCGAACAGUAAAUGUGAUAAACGAGGAGGACUUUGUCAAGUAAAAAUUGGCGCAAGGCUGGUUUGUCUGGAGCGUUGGUGGGAUUAUUCUUGAUUUAGAGAGAUAUAACAAAAACAACGCUAAUGAUUUUGUCAGUAAACAAAACAACGAUUAAAUGAAUUAACGGUUUCAUUGUUGCUUUCAAAUUUUCUGCGCUGUAUGUUAGUCAAUGGUCUCCACCUUGGCUACAGUAAAUGCCCAGUGGAACCACUUUUAAUCUGAAUAUUUGCGCUUCAAGACCGUGUUGGCAUGUCACGAUUCCACAUCCUUUUCCUCUUCACGCUGACCUUUAUUAGAGAGCUGCUGGGACACAAUGAAGACUCUGGAACCACACUGCACAGCAGCUACAAUGAGGUUGUUCCAGAGGAGGAGUACUAUACUCCCAGACUGGACUACAGGAAUCCAAGAUGGUGUCACUUUUUGAGCCUGGCCAAUGGGGAUGUGACCUGCCACUCCCCCCGUGGAGGGAACUACCGCAGCACCCUCGGCACCCUCUGCGAGAUGACCUGUGACCGCGGCUACAAGCUGCUGGGCAGAACCUCUGUGCAGUGCAUGCCCAACCGACGUUGGUCUGGAACCAGUCACUGCCGCCAGGUUCGUUGCAACACGCUGCACCUGAUCUGGCACGGCACGUACCACUGCACCCAGGGAUACAUGGUGGACUCCAGGUGUGAUUACAUCUGUGAGCCGGGGUACCGGAUCGAGGGGGACCACUCUCGCACCUGUCUGGUUGGGGGGUCCUGGAGUGGGGCAGAGCCCAUCUGUGAAGAUCAUGAUCCUCCCAAAAUAAAGUGUCCCCUGUCUCGGGUGAAGGUCGCAGAGCCUGGGAAACUAACCGCCAGAGUGUCCUGGGACCCGCCGGUUGCCACGGAUACUGCUGAUAAAACAUUAGAUGUAACGCUGAUAGGCCAGCGGCCAGAUAGCAACUUUAAAGAGGGGAUAAACAUUAUCCGGUACACAGCACACGACCAAGCCAGGAACAGGGCUGCCUGCAAGUUCAUUGUUCGGGUUGAGGUCAGGAGGUGUCCAGUCCUCAAGACCCCUCUCCAUGGUUACCUCACCUGUGACUCUGACGGGAACAACUACGGGGCGGUGUGCGAGUACCACUGUGAUGGGGGCCACGAGAGGCGGGGGACCUCCCGCCGAGUCUGCCAGUUCGACCGCAGCUGGACUGAGGCCCCCGCCGACUGUGUCACAAUGGAGUUUAAAACAGACGUGAACACAGCAUCUGCCCUCCUGGACCAGUUCUAUGACAAGAGGAGGCUUCUGAUCGUGUCGGCACCUAACGUAGCCCAUGGAGACUACAAGCUCCAGAACCUUAUGGUGCAGAAGGCAGAUUGUGGUCUGGACCUACGACAAGUGACGGUGAUUGAGCUGCUAGGCUCCCCUCCUCGAGAAGUGGGCCGCAUCAAGGGACGUCACCUGGACACUGAGGUCAUCGAGGGUCUGAGGCAGGCUUUCAGGAUCUCCAGAUCCUACUUCAACAUGGUGCUGUUGGACAAGGAUGGUUUGGACCACGAGAGAUUCAUCACUCCCACCACAUCCGAUGAGCUCUUCUCAUACAUCGACGAUAACCUGUUGGAUGAAGAAGAACGACAUCGGCUGGAGUUGCACAGAGACUACUGUGACUAAGACAGUGGUUUGGGGAGGUCAGACACUUAUGUAGAUAGCGCAGAGGAAAAAGCUUUGCUAUGUAGAGAUACAAUCAUGGACACCAGGGUGGCCCAGAAUAGAGAGAGAAACAAGGAAACACACAGGUAACAGCUCUGGUAGUGAAAUGUUUCCACUGGCUGAUAGAUAAUGAUCUGAUAGAUUUAGAGAUAGAGGUAGCCUGUUUUUACAGGUCUAAAAGUAUAGAAACAUAUGUACGCAUCUUUUUUUACUUCACUACCCAUACUGCACUGUAACAAAUGCGGAUGAUUACAGGUUUAGGCAUUUCACAUAUUUAUUAGGUGAAUGAAUCAAAUUUGAUACAGUCAUAGAAGUGGAGGCUGCUGACGGGAGGACAGCUCAUAAUAACGUCUGGAACGGAGAGAGGAAUGGCAUCAAACCAUGCGUUUGAUACCAUUCCACUUAUUUCGCUCCAGUCAUUACCACGAUCCUGUCCUCCCCAAUUAAAGGUGCCACCAACCUCCUGUGAGCCAUAGUAAAAGCAAACUUGACUCAAGUUACAGUAUGAAAGAUAAUGACAUUUACUUUCAAAGGAUAGAGGUUGAGAAAUAAAAUUGGUCACUUUUAGUGCAACUGAUCAUAUUUACAUAUAUAUUUCAAUGUACUACAUGCUUGACAUCCCUAUCACAGGUACAGUAGUUUUCAUUUGAUUGCCGUGAAGCACCACACAAGAUAUGAUAUGGACCAAAAAUGGACACAAUUUUUCAGUGCCUUCGAGUGCAACAGAGAUUCAGCCUGAAACUGAAAACCCGGCAACCACCAUGAAGCACCCUAGUUAAUAAUGAAUGGUUUGCUGAUCAUGGAUGGAAUUUAGCUUGAAGAAAUAUGUGAAAAAAAAUGUCAAUUAAACAUGAGUUGUUGAAUUUGA